AUGACCUCUCACUGCCCCUAUACCCACUCCAUACCCGUCUUUUGCGCUUCACUCCAUGUCUUCCUCACAUUGUCCUUCCUUGUCCUCGGUUCUCUUGCGGAGACCCCCUCCCCUGUGCAGGAGAUGGCCUUCAUCCGCGCAGGAUCUAAUCUAUAUAUCCAGGGCGGUAAAUUCACUCAAAACAACACCGAUAUCGCAAUAUCCCCUCAGCUCUUUGCUCUUGAUCUCUCCACAUCCUGGUCCGUGGACUCGCCCCCAUGGAAGGCGCUCGCCAGCGGUGUUCCCUUUUACCUGUUUGCAGGCACCAGAGCUUCCGACAACCAAACUCUGAUCACAUUCAUGAUCACGGAUAGCACCACUACAAUUGCUAGGUACAGCAUCCCACAGGACACCUGGCAGAGCAUUGUGGCAUCACCGCCGGAGACACUUCAGUAUGGACUGCAGCCGGUGGCAGAUCCCCGGAGCGGACACGUAUAUAUUGCCGGAUCAAAACUGAUGAAUGUCUAUAAUGAACAACGCGGCACCUGGGGGUUCACUGCCAUUCCGGACAACGUACUGAGCCAGAAGGUUUAUGGGAGGGCGGUUUUCAAUAACGCCAGGAACUCGAUUAUGUAUCUGGGCGGGUACUCUGCGACCAAUGAACAGACCACCUAUGUCACAGAGUACUCCAUUGGCACAGGCGCCUGGUCCAAUUUCUCCACAACUGGCUCCCUUCCAACGCCAAGGACCGAUCAUUGCAUGACUGCAAGCGAGGAUGGCAAUACUGUCAUUGUUUUUGGAGGUCGACUUACCGCGCCGCAGUCCGGCUUCUCGGGAUCACUAUACAUAUUGGAUGUACCGACCGCUAAAUGGAGGGAAGGGCCUGCGACGCUACAGCGACUGUAUAUGGCCUGUAUCGUUGUUGGCGAUCAAUUCCUGGUAUGGGGAGGAAGCGACGGCCAGAACACAACCUCGGGGCCUCCCAUAAUCUAUGAUUUGUCCAAGAAUCAGUGGGUCAACAAAUACACUUCUCCCAGCCCGAGCGUAUCUUCUCCAGGAUCAACAUCUACGGCUCCAACAUCUACAGCUCCAACAUCAUCCUCGCCAACUCAUUUAGGUGCUAUUCUGGGAGGCAUAUUUGGCGGAUUAGCGGCAUGUGCGCUUGCGGGAGCGUGGUUCAUCUACAGGAGGAAGAGGAACGCAAGGCAGGACAAAGGCUAUGAGCUAGCGAAGCAGGUUGGUAUCAAACAAGGCAAUGAGAAAGCCUCAUCAGGAAAUUCGGCCCAAGCACUCGAUUCAAAUCCACUCCAUGAAUGGAAGGGGAGCCAGAAGGCACCGAUCGGCACAGACGCCUGGGUGGGCCUACCGGCAUGCGAGCCACAUCAAGCGUUACCAGGAUAUUCCUUCGAUACCAUUAAUUCAAGCAAUUUUACGAGUCGGAACCCUCAUACCGCUCUGACGUUCUCAGAGUCGACGGGACGUCACCCGCAGGACUAUACAGGUGGACGGCCGUAG